AUGGGGGUAUCAUUGUUAGUCUCUCCUUCCUGUCCUUAUGCUGUCACACAAAUACCUAUUCCCAACAACUAUGCUCUUGCUGUCAAGAUUGGUACCCUUCGACUUAUAUGCCUUUACUUACCACUCUCUAUGCCCACUCAUGAAGCUCUUGAUAUCCUCUCAGCCAUUCCUUUAACUGAUGAUACCAUUAUAUGUGGAGAUUUUAAUGUACGCCUUGGUUCAGUAACUGGUGACUAUGCAUCUAACUCUCAUGGUGUAGCUUUAGAGCAAUGGCUUGAAGAACGAUCUUUAACUGUUCUCAAUGGAGUUCUCUUACCAUGCAUACCCACAUACAUUUCCUUUCGUAACAAAGUUGAAAUCAGCAGCAUCAUUGACCUUUUUAUCACCAACACCAACUUCGCCAACCCUUCUUUACACAUUGCAACCAAACUAUCUUUAGGCUCUGAUCACCGACUUCUCUCACUUUCCUUUACUUAUGACCUGCAACACUCACCACCAGCACCUCCACCUAUGCGCCAAACUUGGAAUCUGUCACGUCUUUAUGAAGAUGAUGUCAGAUCAUUAUAUGUCACCACCUUUGUCACCAAAUCCACCUCCCUUCUCACCACACUACAAGACCUUGUUCAAAAUCCACCAACUAUAUGUCCACCCAUUGAUGCUCUUACUAACUCUUUCAAUGCACUCAUUUAUGACUCUCUUAGUAGCUCAAUUGGUUCUCGCCCCCCUCGCCCCUCACAUUGGAAAUCGUUUUGGACCCCUGAAUUGCAAGCUGCAGCUGACCAUAAAGAUGGUUGUUACAAGCAAUGGCGUCGAGCUUGUGGCAUUGACAAGAUCAAUUGGUGGAGCCGGCACCAGCAUGCACACAAGGAGUUUCGUCAGCAAGUUCAGACAGCAAAGCAUUUGUCUUGGCAUGCUUUUUGCCACUCAAUGAACUCGGAUUUCAACAAGGCCACAUCUAAGAUAAAACAGUUGAAACGGCACAGACAACCACAACACACAUUUCAGCAUGAUGAUGGCCCAGCAGUCGCAGCAACAGUUAUGUGUGACCAUCUUGCAUCUGUCUAUAGUGGACAUAUUCUUCCUGACAUUCGACCUUCACCACCACCACUCAACACCUCUCUCAUGUCUUUUGCGUCUGUUGACUCCCCAUUCACCUCAUCAGUGGUGGAGGCCUUCAUGCAAUUUAUGCCUAACUGCAAGGUGCCGGGUCCUGACCACAUCCGUGCAGAAAUGCUAAAGCCCAUUUGGUCUCACAUUUCACCUCUCCUUGCCUGUAUUCAUGGGCCUUCUAUUGUCACUCAUCGUCGUUCUGGAGCCCUGGCAACCAUGGCAACACUGAAUGCAGUUGGAGCAUGCUGGUCUGGAUUCUCUCUGCUUCUCAGCUCUCGUCUGUAUAGGACCUUUAUCAGACCAAAAUUUGAAUAUGGAUUGGCUAUUCUCCCUCUGAAAAGAACUGAUACUAUCCAGCUUGAGAAAAUCCAAGAUAAAUGUUUGCGCAUGAUUAUUGGUGGGCACCGAACCUCAUCUACAACUGUGCUCAAACAUAUAUGUAACCUUCCUAGUAUGAGUUUCCAUGCUGAUGUGCUGAUAACAAAGUUUUGUAUUCGUGCUCACUACCUUCCCUCUGGCUGCCUUUUGUCUCUUCUUCACUGUCACCACUCUCAGUCUUCAUCACUUGUCACUCUUCGUCAUAAUACUCUCCUUCAAAGCAUCCCUAUUGAUUUAAAUGUUCAUAGUGGCAAAGCUCUCAAACAUCACUUCGAAACCUUUCGACAGUUCAAAACUGAUCAGCUCCGAUUGUCUUCAAACCAAGUCUUGUUUCUAGCAUGCCACCCUCUUUUGGAAGUCGACCCUAUUCUGUUCUUGCCUGCAACUAGGGUGGAACGUAGCCGCCUUGUCCACUGGAGAAUGAGUUGGUUGCCUGGCACUCCUAAGGAUUGCCCUUGUGGUACUGACCAUACCUCACGUCGUCAUCUUGCUGUCUGCUCUUUGGUUCCUGCCCAUUUGUUGGCCUGUCUUCCUAUUCCAUCUGAUCAAAACUGUAAUCCAAUUGAUGUUGCCAUUACUGCUCUCUCAAGUUCUAGUCAGGCUCCUUGCCCCUCUUAUUGUGUAGCACUGCUUACUAUUCUCUGGCAUUUUGACAAGCUUUGUAACCCUGAUGGUGACUACACUCAUGAAACUCACUUUGGUACUCUUUGGGUUGGACUUAGCUAG